AUGAACUUCCGUGCUUUCCUCUUCGCUGCAAUCGCUUCGCUCGUCGUGGUCAAGAGCGAGGUCAAAAUGAUCGGCCACGACCAAGUGCAGCCGUUCGCUCAGCCCGAGCCCACCACUGAGUCCGAGAAAUCCGCCGUCAAGUACAAGCCUCAGCUCCACAUCUCGUACGGAUGUCACCCGUACCCCGCGGUCCAGGCUGAUGGCUCGGUUAACGGCGGCUUGAAGUGGACUUUCUGGUCUUGGGCUGACAGCGACUGCAAGGGCUCCGGUCUGGGCUCCCAAGUGUACUCGCGCUCGGACUGGCACAGGGGCAAGUGGGCCAUUGUGUACGCCUGGUACUUCCCCAAGGGCCGAGACUUCGAACAUUCGUUCAAGAGAGGCCACCGCCACUACUGGUUGUACGCCAUCCUCUGGACGGAUAGUCCGAACCCGGACACGUCGACUAUCCUCGGUGUGUCGGUGCCUAAUGGUUUCAGAGACAAGAGCGCGGCUCCGGACGCACAGUUUGUGAUCGACGGGAAGACGAUCAAGUUCGACUCGUACAGGAGCUUUACCACCGGCAGGCAGGAUUUGGGCCUCACGGAGAAGACCGGCGAUACUCAGGAUCUCAUCACGUGGGAGCAGCUAACGGAGGAGGCCCGGACGGCGCUUAGCAACAUGAAUUUCGACGGGCCCCGACAAAAGAUUGUGGUGCCGAUGAAGGACGGUGACUUCGCGGAGAGGCUCGCGAGGGCUUAA